AUGUUGCGCCCCAUUCGGUUGAAUGCAGGCCUAGGAAAUCCUCCAGAAGCAUAUUAUAACAACAUGCCAGAAUCAGCAAAUAAAAUUAUUAAAAUGGGAGUAGACUUUCAAAAGAAUGAAAUGUCACAAUUUAACGACAAGAUGGAGAAAGUAAUUCAGCAGCAGCGACGGGACUGUGAAUCAGCCGUAAUAAACAGAGGUCCAUAUGCUCUCACAGACGACUACCUUCACUUACAAAUGUCUCCUGACAAGUGGUUUUCCCUGAAUGCUCGUCAGCGUGAAAGGCAUUUGAAAAAGUUCUGGGAAGAAGUACCUGGAAGAAAUGUUGAUGUGCAGGAUGACAGUGGUAAUGUAAACGAUGACAAGGAAGAGAACACUUCCCUUACCAGCCCUCCAGAGCUGUCUGUAAGACCAGAGGAGUCAGGUGCAGCUGGUGUAGCUCUUCUUUCCCUAAAAGAGAUGUACCGGCAAGCAUCCAUUCUUCUCCUCAAGAAAGAUUCCAUUGUGGAAAUACCUUUUAAGCCCCAUACGUUUAUGGUUGAAAGCGACAAGGGAAGGCCACAUUAUGUUGUACUAGCAGAAAGUGGGAAGGUGACAUGCGAGGACUGUCCUCGUUAUAAGUCUACAAAAAUAUGUGCACAUUCUUUAGCCGUGGCAGAGAAGUGCGGUAAAUUACAGAAUUAUCUCACUUGGUUUAAGAGAAGCAGCCACACCUUAACUACAACGAGUUACGUCACCUGUGACAGCGCGCCAACAGUUGGCAAAAAAUCCCAGAGACCUUCAACGUCGCGUAGGAAAGGUGGUAGAGGGCAAGCUGUCAACAUUGUGCCUCGACCAAGUGCCAGUGAGCAAGCUCCAUCACCCUCCGCAGCGCCGACGCCCUCUCCUGUACUACCUCCCACCGCAGUGCCACCAGCCUACAAAGCGCCUCCACCCUCUCCAUCUGCAGCGCCACCACCCUUCGCAGCUCCGCCCUUCGCAGCUCCGCAACCAGUGGUUUCGCAACCGUCAGAGCUGCCCCUGACAUUUCCUUUAAGUCCUUCAAAUGCGCUUGGGCGGGUUCCAUAUCCAUCCCCACUGCCAGGGCAGUUUAUUGUUUAUCCCUUAAAGUUCUGCCCACCUCAAGUGAGCAUAUGUUAUGGGUGUUCUAACACCCUUAAACCGGGAGGGCAGAUUCCGCUUCCUCCUCAUGAUCUAGUCGUAGCCUCCAACAUGAUGCGAAGCUUCCAGCACGGAGGGCAAAUGAGGAGCAAGCAAAGCAAUGUAUAUUUUCAUUGUAGUGGUGCCUGUAUUAGGGCUAAACAGCCAUAUUUCUCUCAUUGUAGCAUGCCAUGGUUUAUACGUUCUUCGCUAACCGAUCAACAGCUUGACUUUCUCAGUAAAAUGUUUCCAGUUUAUGCCCUUCCGUGA